CCGAGCGGGGAGUGACGUAGUGCGCCCACACCUGCGCUGCCUCACCGCUACGCCCUCUCGCCCGGCGUCGGUAAACUACGUAGUGAUGAGCAGGGAGGCGGUGUGAUGGGGCAUCGCUGACGCAAAUGUCAUUAUGGAGGACGGUCUGUUAAGUCUAAAGUGGAAUAACCACAAAACGACCUUCUUCGACAUCCUCAGGGUUCUAAGAGAGAAGGCCAACUACACAGAUGCCACCAUCGCGGUGGAGGGGAAGUUUUACCCUGUGCACAAACUUGUUAUGAGCACAUGCAGUGAAUACUUUAGUGAAAUAUUUGAACGGACACCAUGCAAAUCACCAGUGAUAGUGCUCAAAGAUGUGCGCAGUCAGGACAUGGACGCACUCUUGGACUACAUGUACUUGGGGGAGGUGAAUGUGAACCAGAACGACUUAGCAUCACUACUCAAGACCGCCGAGUGCCUCAGGAUCAAGGGGCUGGCUGUGCCGGACGAGGACCCCCACAAAACCAAGAAACAGCUCCUCCCAGACGACAGGAGAGAAAGUCCGCCUCCAAAGAGAAGACGCCACGAAGACCCCUCGUCCACCUCCCAGACCCUCAGGCCGACGUCCCCCCCCCGGCCUCCAGCCCCUCCAAAAACUCGUCCACGUCGGGAACGGCUGGAGACCGGGCGGGGGCGCAACGCACGUCCUCCUUACCGGGCACACAGAGCCAAGACUCCUCCCAUGACUCAUCCAUUGACCCUCCGCCCAUGGUUAAGGUGGAGAUGGAGGAGGCGGAGGACCUGGAGGACGGCUACAGGCGGGACAACAGCUAUGAGGGUGGGUCCAUCAACGAGGGGGACGGAGGGGACUACGGCUCGGAGGUCUCCAAAUCCGAGCAUUGACCCAGAGAACUAUGGUGGCGGGUCGUACGCGGGUCCCUCCUUACAACAAGGGGGGGAUCUCCCAUGGGAAGAGGGAGACUCCAGCAGCUUCCCUCCUGAAGGCUUCUCAGGAGACCAUCCAGGCGGCCAGCAACCUCAAGGGGAUGAUGAUGAUGACGAUGGUGACGGCCCAUUGACUGUGGCCGCCCCUCACAGCAGCCCCAAUGGACCUCCUCUCCUCACCCCCAUCUCUCAGGCUCGCCAGUGUCAGCUGUGUUUGGUGACCCUUGCCAAUGCUAACCUGCUGCGGCGCCACGUGGAGGAUCAUCACUUCCACAUCCGCAAGUAUGACUGUGCUCACUGUGGCAAGAAGUUUAAACGGAAGGAGCACAAGGAGAGGCAUGAGAGGAUCCACACAGGGGAGAAACCGUUUGCUUGCUACAUAUGCAAUGCCAGGUUCACUCAAAAGGAGCAUCUGAAGGGCCACAUAGAGAAUGUCCACCACAAGCAUGGAGAGAAGGGUCUGGAGGGGAUGGGGGACUUGGAAGACAGGGAAGACAAGGAUGAGGAGGACAUGGACCUUCCCCCAGCAUCCUCAUCAUCACCUCCACCUCCCAACACCACCUCAGCCUCCUCUCCAUCUCUUGCUCCUGUCUCCUCCCUCAUCUCCCUGGCCUCCACUGCCUCUCCCCUGGCCUCCAUCCUACCCCCGUCUACUCUCCUGGCCAACACAGCAGCUGCCACCUCCCUCACCUCCUCCUCCUCCUCCUCAUCCCCAGCUCUCAUUCCUGCCAGUGAUCUCAACAUGAACCAGUUUACUGCUCUAUAUGCCCCAGUCACCAGGAAAACAGUGAAUUCUCCCAACAAGCACAUGCAGACCAUAACCAUUAAUUUUAACUGAUCCAUGCCAUUGUACAAGUAUUUGUGGGCAAUCCUCACUGAAUGAUUGUGUUAUGUUCCUAGAAAGGUAAUUCCAAGGUGAGUACAGGUGAAUGAUGCUUUAUGAACAUUCAUUUUACAAAUUUGAUGGAAGUUAUAAAUGAAACCCUUUUGUCCUUUAUUCAGAUUUUCAAAUGCAGAGUUCCCAUUACUUAACAAAUCAAAAUCACAAAACAAAAAAUAAAUGAAGAAUUUUUAAAAGGUAUCAAAUAAAAGAAUAUAAUAAGAAUUUACAAUUGAUCUCAAUUUACAUAUCUCCAAUUUUUUUUUGUAUUUUUAAGGAAUGUACCUCAUUUGUAAAUCAUGAUUCACCUGUAACUGCAUGAUAGAUAAGUAAUGUGAAUUCAAUGGUGAUGUGUUCCAGGACUCUGUGAUUAUUGAGAUGUAGUAUGAUAAAUAAUUUUUCCACCUAAGCAAAUAAUAUUUUUAUAAGAAAAUCUGAAAAUCCUUUAAUAAUGAUGGAGAGAUAUCAUUGUACAAAAUCUGCUCCUGCCCAAAGUCUUCAUGAAGUGCUUCCCAACCUCCCUCUGAGCCUCUCGCUCUCACUAUUUCACUCAUUCGUUGCUGAUAUAAGUCAAUAAAUUUUUGCCAUUCCCUUUGGAUUUUAACAUUAAUAUAAUUUUUAACUUUGUACUAUGUCCCAUUUGGUCAGCUGUCAACAGAAAUAAUGAAAAAAAUGUGACACAGCCUCAGUCAAUUUCCUUAGCCAAAAUAUGAAAGGGAGGAUUCACUUUGUCUCUGUUUAACAUGGAAAAUCACUAUGAUAUUGUGUCCAGAGUUUACUGAUUCUGGUAUGCACUUCUGAAACUGUGAUUAAAAAUAUGAGAGCCUGGGAGACUCAAAUGAUAAGGAUACAGUUUGCUCUAAGAAAAAAAGCAGGAACAUAUAUUGAACACAUAUUUUUCCUGCAGAUAUGAAUGUACAUUUCAAUCUUGACUGUGAUAAAAAUGGAGAUGUGAAUGCUAUUCUAAUUUAAAAUAAGGAUGCUGAUGUGGGAUGCAUAUAUUUUUAUCGCUGAAGACAUUUCACUGAAACUGAUGAUGAAAUAAGUAUUGUAAAAACAUAAAAAAAGAGAUUAUAUGGUGGAAAAAUCAUGUUCAGACUUAACAUCAUUGUAACAAAAAGCACACAGUGAGUGUGGCUGUCAAGUGAGGGUUGCCCAUGUUUCAUAACAUUUUGUCCCUUGUAUUGCUCUGUUUGUGUGAUCUUGUUUUGUAAAUCAUCCAGAAUUCACUGCCAUAAUAAACAAUGGUCGAUGGCAUGGUUUUGCCAUUGCUGUCAUCUGUUAGGAGUAGCUUGUCAUAAUCUUCAUUGAACUGUCUGCAAGAGGUAGUAAGGUGCAUCAUCAUAUUGUAUGGAAAUAGAAUUGUACUGUACUGUGGCAUAUAGAGCUCCUUCGUUCCUUAGUUUGCUACUGAGUUACCAUGAAAUCACCAAAAAAUUAGCUUCCUCUGUAGGUGAUGUAGUUAGCAUAAUACUUUAGAGGCGAGACAGAGCUUGGACCCACUAGGAUUCUCUCUCAGCGCUAAUUGUGUCAUGGAGGCCAGUGGGUGACGGCUUCUCCACCCUAUGUCAAAAUGUCUCAUCCUCGGCUCUGAAUGAACCUGAAGCCUUUAUUUGUCUUACUAAAAAGUAGCAUUAAGUUGUUAGUUAGGUAUAGAGACAUGUACAUUAAGAAGGGUACCUGGACAAAAGACACUGCUGUGCUGGCUAGGCUCUCAGAGAUGUGUUCACUCCCCAGCAGGAUAGACAGCACAGGGGAGUGGGUUCUCAGAUGAGCCAUCUGUGAUACAUGUUGUGUUUCAUUAUUAACUAAACAAAAGCUUGUUUUUCCUUGCUGUUUGGUGUUGACUGAAAUGACAGUUGAAGUUGUGGUUUAAAGUAUUGUUAAAUAAUGGAAUGAAUGUUGUUUCAGAGUUGAUGAUUUUGAAAUGUUUAUAUUUGGUCUUGUGGUCAGGACCCACCUGGAGGUGUUUAAACCAGCAGUUGAGACAGACAAGCAACACAAACAGCCAUGUCAUUAAAAGUAUAGGUAAUGUUAGUUGCCAAUAGUAUAUGUAAUUGCUAAUGUAUUUUCCUUGACUAGGCUUCUUGUCAAGGCUUUGUUCACAGUUUUGUGGUGCCUUCUGCUUCCAGCUUUCUUGGGCAUUUAUUGUAACAUUGCUCACAUGUCUCACAUUCUGUAGUGCAUUUUAGUCUUUAUGUUAAUUUUCCCUUGUUACCUUAAGUCCUCAAUGUAUGAUGCCAAUGUGUUCCCAGACAAGCCUCGGAUGAUAAUGCUUAAAAAACCUUGACUCAGGAGGGAUGUUCCUCAGAGAUUAUUUUUCCUGCAGAUUUACCUUGAACUCUCAUCCUGUUAGUCAGCAAUAUCUAUAUUAUGUGUUGCAAAAGCUGUGUCCUCCUAUUCAAGUGAUAUGUGACGGGAGCCUGCCUUGAGCAAGCUAAGUUUAUCAGUACAUUCAAGAAUAAUAUUUUUGAUGUCUACUAUCAUGCUUGGAAGGGGUUGAAAUCAGCCAUCUCUCCUUAAUAGUUAUUAUGUAUUGUCAGAAUGAAGCUGCAUCCCAUAAUGAACUCAUAGUCAAAGGAUAAUGCUAAGGGAAAAUUUGACUGAAGAAAGCAAUCAUUAGUGUUGACUCUUAAAGACAAAGGUAGGCUGUGAGGAUGUACUGGCAGACUUCCUAUUUCAUAAGAAGUUUGAGCCCCUCAGAAAAUUUUUGCCAGGGAAGAGACUUUUGCUUAUAUUCUCUAUGUAAAUGAGAACACAAUUUGAAAAAAAACUUAAAAGCUGCUGAAUUUAUUAUUACAAGAAAGUAUAUGAGGGAUAUUAAAGAAUAAAGUGUGGACACAAAUUCCACUGCUUGCCACAUUCACGUAGCAGAAAGAAGAAUAUUGAAAAACAUUUUCUUAGACUCACUUGAUUAAUUCUCAAACAUGCUCUCUUGUUUGCCAGCAGCGUUAGUAAGGGACAGCACUUCAAGAGGACUUUUGGUACUGAACCGCUCAACAUUUUUUCACUGGUGCUUAAUUUUCUUCCUCAGUGUAUUGUAUUCAAGUCGUGACAACAUGAUCUCAUAUAGUUUUGGGCGGAAAGUGUCCCACACUACUGGGUCCUGCAUCGCACUUCACAGUGUUGCCAGAUAAAGAGUGCGUUUAGCCAGUCACACCAAGAUGGUUGUGACUGUUACUGUUUCACAAAGGACUGUGAAGGGAAUCAAAUAUUUCUCAGCAUUUAGAAAUAUCAGUUCUACAAGUUUCUGGAACAUAUUUCCCUCAGAGACCUGAAAUAUACAUGUAUUUUUUAUUUUUUUAUUUAUUUAUUUAUUUUUUUUUUUAUUGAUGUAAUUUCCAAAGGAUGUCUGCAAAGUCAGGUCCAUAUUGAUGCAUAGUAAAGUCACGGGCUGAGGGUGGCCAGUUUUUGGAAGCGGUAGAUGAAUAGGAUGAGUGUUCAGCCAGUGGAGUAGGUUGUAGCCAUAUACUAUUGUAAGCUGUGUGUAUCAUUAGUAAAGUGUCCUCCGUGGGCUGGCCUCCAGUAACAGCAGCACAGGGGGCAGGUUAUGGUGUGAGAGUGUGUGAUGCUGUCAGCUUCACUUAGAUUGAUGGUCAAGCUGGUAAGUUUCAUAAGUUUAACAUUUAUCAUUUAUAUCAUUAGCAUUAUACUACAUGAACAUUGAUCUACAGCAUUGCAUAUGAGAAGACUUUUAUGCUGGAAUAUUUUCAUAUUGCUUCUGUUGUUAAAAAAAGCUGACCAUCUGUGUGCCUGAGGGAGAUCUGAGUCAGGCUGGUGACUUUCAAGAAGUAAAGUCAUCAGAAUUUUAAAAAUUUUUGUAAUUUCAUAUCUGUUACUCAUAAUGGAGGAGCAUUUCAUGGGCAUUUACUCCAUAAGUUCAAGUCAUUGAUCGUUCUUUUCCAAGAAAACAAAAUUUAAGUUUUACCAAUCCUCAUUGAUAGUGAAGCACAUACUUCAGUACAUGUAUUCCUGAUGACAUUAUUUCCAUAUAUAUUUGUGGGAUUGAUAGAAUAAAAGACUGAUUACAGUAAUAGAGUAAGGAUGACACAUUACCAAUCUUUAAGUAAUAAUGAUGAUGAUCAUCAGAUGAUGUGUGGUGGGCUGGUUCUGUCAGGGAAGUGAAUGGAGAUUAUUAUCUCAUAUAGACAAAUUGUUGAAUUUCAUAGCAUUAUUUAUCCCCCUGAUGAUGAGGAUCUGCCCUCUGAAGAUACAAGACAGUUGUGUGUGUAUGUGUGUGUGCAGUGGCUGGUAUGUAUUACACUGAUCUUUGGUGGAUGAAUUCCUUUAGACCUCAAGGUGGAUGCAGCUUGCCAUACAAGAUCCUCAGAGCCUUAUGGACUGUAUGGUGACAUGGUUUUGAAUGCUCCAUUUGGAUGCUGUGCAUGACAGCCAUCCCAUCCUCUUGGUGAACAGUGUCAAUAUUUUGUGCUAUGCUGCAAAUGACAGGACAGGAGUUAAGGCUAUUUGUACUGUACUCAUGGAUGUAGGUGCUUGCAUAAAUGAUCAUAUAAUGGCUGGUGUGAAAAUUGCUGGAAAAGGAUUUGCUACUGAGUUAUGAAAUAUACAGUUAACAGACAAUUAACAAAUUAUUAAAUUGUGGAGGCAGUUCAUGGGUUGGAGAGGGAGAUCAAAUUUUCAGCUAGUUCCUGUCACUUAGUUCAUGAUUUGAUGAUAUGCAAGAAUAUUUUUUGUUGCCCAGCAAUCAAGCAGCAGCUGUUGUUAUGUAACCUGGGCAUAAAUUGCGGACAGAUUAAUGUCAAGGUUACAAUACGCUUUAUUUUUAGCUCUACAUUUUUUGGAAUCCUCUGUUAUUCUCUUGUAGACUUCUGUCUUUCUUUAGCUUAUAGGAAUCUUUGUUUAUUGCAUCUUAAGUUAAAUUUAUGGAACAGCUGAAAGAAAAGCUAUUCACUAAUACUUUGAAGUGAAUCAAUGAAUACUGUUGGGUAGAAUCCAAGAAAACCUUGUGGCUGUUACUGGUGUGUUGAGUCCCUGUUGUUCUUACUACAGUGUUCCCUAAGAGAGAGAGAAGAACAGACUCAUUCACAAGGGAAGACUGAUUGGCCUGUUGGUCUCAUGUGUCUCUGUAGACAACUUAGUUUUUAAGGUACAUUAGGAUCUUGAUUUACACAUUUAAAAUAUGUGAAUUUAGAACAAAUCACAUAUUUAAUGAAAAUUAUUUUUACUUUGUUAAAUUUUAAGCAACUUUAUAAACCAAGCCUUAUUAAUUGAUGUUUUUUUUUUACUUUUGACUCAUUUCUUUGAAUAAUAUAAAAUUAUGAGCAUUCAUCUGGAAUGCAUCAGUUAUGUAAAUUAAGAAUCUAUUGUACAAUGUUUUUCCUCAUGACUUCACUCUCGUGUUCAUUUUUUUUUUUUUUUUUUUUACCCUGAACACAUCAACAGUUGCCAAUAAUUUGUAAUUGCCUGUGUGUGUGUGUGUGUGUGUGUGUGUGUGUGUGUGUGUGUGUGUGUGUGAGAGAGAGAGAGAGAGAGAGAGAGAGAGAGGAAAAAAAAAAUACAGGGAAUGUUUUGUUGCUUUGAUGUUUAUAUUGAGUAUUUCUUGUUGUUUGUUUUUUGUGUUAAUCCACAAUAUGGUGCAAAAGUAGGAAAAGCAGAAUUGCCAUUGAACUGCUUUGGAAAAAUGUCUGUAAAGUCAAAAAUAUGAGAAUAUUGUGGUAUAUUGUUACUCAUUACUUUCUCUAUUUUUUAAUUACAAAACUAGCAGAGAUUCCAUUGACAUUACAUAAUAUAGAAUUCCUUCCUAUUGGUAAUGCAUGAAGUAGGUGAUCUGUGCCUUACCACACUCAUCUACUGCUACAAGACAGAGCAGAGUGAGCCAUAGAGAUGUAUUUUUCCAUUAAUUGAAGCAGUAUUAAGGUGUUACUAGUAUGCAAGACAUGCUUAUUUGUUAAUUAGAAAGUUAGUAAGUCUUGGUGUUGUAGCUCGCACUUCUCUACACAAGAUGAGGUGACACAGACGCACAAUACGUUGAAUUUUAAGAGAUAGUAAUGCUAUUGUACAUUUCCUCCUUUAUAAAUUUAGGUUUUGAAACACUUAUCCAUAUUACAACACUUUUGUAUGUUUUUAAAUAUUUUUGCUUUGGUUUGUCUUAAGAUCUCUUAGAUAAUUUUGCAAGAAUAUUAUAAUCUAUUCUAGAUAGUUUUGCAAGAAUAUUCAAUUUCUUAUUUAGAUUGUACAGAAAAUUGGUAGGAUAAAUUUAUUAGAAAUUUUUACUGCACAGUUUUCCAUCAUUUGUUGUGUAAUUUUGCAACAAUUUCUUUGACUUAAUUUUUUGAAGAGCAUUUAGAAGUUAAGGAGAAAGAAAACUUGUGGAUAGAAAGUAUGAACUAUGAUUACAAACACUACACAUUAACUAGGGUUCCAUUGGUGCCAGUUUACUAAGCUACCCAUCGAAUGCCAGUGUGAGGCUGUUUAGUGCCAGUAUGAGCUUCCACUAGUGCCAGAGUGAAGUCUUGUAGUGCCACAUGAGACUUCACAAAUGCCAGAUUCUCAGCAGUCUUACAUAUUAUUUAGCCAAGUGGUGGUGUUGCCUGAAAUCCAUCACUGCAUGUAAAUUUAUGAGCUCUUUUACACAUUUAUGUCAAAAAAUCAUAAUUUACUAGUCGGAUUUUGUUCCUUAUUUGUACUACACCAGCGUUUGUGCUUCCAUUCCCGUUAACAGGUUGUGAGAAGAGAAGCAAGUGUUGUAGGUUUAUGUUAUUACGUGUUCUUCAUCCUAGGAUUCUCAAAACCAUCAUUCCAGUUACUAAACAUUCCAUUAGCAUUAAAGUUUUUUCUAAGAAAUUGUGAUGUUUAUAUAAAAGAAUGAUUAGUUGUUUUUACCUCUGUUUUUUUAGCUUUAAAGUCUUACAUAUAUGUACUACUUCUUUGCUUGGUGUUGGGUUCUAAAAGCUUAUUAAAUGCUUAAAGUUCU